AUGGACAAUGUACCGGAAGGUCCAGACGGCGACGAGAAACCUAAAGGCAAUGACCCAUCCGAAGACUCAACCAAAAGAACCAUCCAUGUAGAAGCUUCAUAUAACUCACCAGAGAGACCUUCCAACGAUGGCAUUCUACUGCAUGAGCUGAAGUCAUUGCAAGAUAGUCUGUGCAGCAAUAGAGAACGACUCAAGAAACUGAUCAGUACAGCAGCAUGGUACACGACACAAAGAGAGCAGGUGGUACUCACAAUUGCGUCCAAUAUGAAGGUCCAAAAACACGUGAAAGCAUCUAUCAAAGCUCAUAAACAAGAAAUGAUCGACAUGGUGAAGCUGAUGUGCCAGUUUUGCUAUGCUGUUACUGAACUGUACCAAUCUCUGCCACUCAAAGUCAGAAAUUAUGCGGCGGACAGCUUACCACCUGAAAUUUCCAGGGAAACUACAAACGCGUCCUCCGGCCAUAGGGCAACUAUGAUGGCAAAUAUGUUAAUGAUGGCAGUUUGGCAUUUUGUGCGUACAGUCGAAACGAAAGCGAGCAACAAACAAAUGUCAAAUAUCGACCAAAAAAUUGAGGUAUCUGCCCUCGAAGCUGUGGUAAAGGCGAAAACUGAGAUGCUGGAAACGUACGAUGAAGAGAUUAGAAGGACGGUAAAGAGAAUGAAUGAAUUAGAUACACUGUUGAAACGCGCAUGUAGAAACAUGGCUGAUCUAACGUCUGACAGAAUGAAAAAAUCAGUGAACGAUUCUUUGGAGAACAUGACCAAUGAGUGCUCCUCUGAGACAUCUAAAGAAGUAGACAGAGAAAAUAAAUCAGAGCCAGUGACGGAAGGCACCUGGCUGGAUAAAAGAAUAGAGUAUAUCAGCAAACUGCUUCGCAGAAUUCAGGAACAGAGCAUCGGUCUUAAGAACGAGGAGCAGUUCACAACCAACACCUUGGUUUGUAUCCAUAAAGACAUUGAAAGUUUGAAAAAGCUGCUUCGAAAAGAACACGAAAAGGCAAGGGCCUUCGCUGAAAAACACUCACUAGGCAUUCAUCUACAAAUAAUCGACAGGGACGUCGAUAUUUUGCGAACUCUAUCGAUUGUGCUUGGUGAUUACAGGGAAAUGCAACAAGCAAUGGAAAACAGGCAACGCGAAGUGGAACUCCACAAUGAGAACCUCAAGCAAGAGGUUAACAGAAGCGCUGAACGAAUAGCGAUUGUGAAGUACACCAUCGACGAAGAGAACGAAAGACUGAAAAGGCUGAAAGAGCGCUCGAAUAGUCAGCAAGCAAGUUUACUACAAGGAGUGGGAAAAACGACCGAGGAGUGGAAGCAAUCUGAAGAAAUCAACAGAAAGUAUUUGACGAACAUGGUGCAGCAGCUGAACCAGUUUCAGGAGAAAUUCCACGCCUUUUGUGAUUUAAAGACGGAAACCAAUCGAAAGAUACGCUGUCAUCGAAAGAAUGUCGACGAGCAGGAAGCCAGACUGAAGGACAGGUUGAAGGCUCUGCAGAAAGAACGGAAAUUGCUAGAAGAAUCACAGAAGGCUGUGCUGAAACAGUUCGAACAAGAAGAGGCGGAAGUGCGGCAACGGUUUGGAGAAAUCUCGUGGCAGACCAGCGAAGCAUUCCAGCAGUUCAAGGAUGAAGAACUGCGACGGCUGCAACUACAGGCAAGACAACGGGCAAUCGGACUGACCCAGUACGAUGACGGCAUUCAACGAACAUGGGAGCUGGUUUCAGUUGAACAUGUGAAUAAACACCGAAAAGAAAAGUUGCGCGCGAUCGAAGAAAACUUGAGAAAAAAGAAAGACUUGAUUGCAGAGGUAAAAUCACGAGUUACCGGAAAGCAGGACCAGUGCAAAAGAAUUGACGAGGAACUUCGACAGCGAGAAAAGGAACUGAAAAAGUUGGAAGAAACACGGCUAGAGCUUGAGCAAGAAGUAUCAAAGAAACAGGCAGUACUCGAUACCAUUCUGAACGACGUCGAAAAGAAAGCUGAACGCCGACGUCAGGAAGAAUGUGAAAUCCAUGAAUAUGAAAGCCUGUCAGAAACUUUGAAAUGGUAUAAAAAUGACCUUCAAGCAAAGAUUACCCGUUUUAGGGAAAACAACUGGCAAAACAAACAACAAGUCAUCGAUCGCAGAGACGACGUACAACGUAUGAUAGAAAAGUUACAGACACUGCUUAUCGAAAAUCAGGUCCUUCUAAACAAAGCUUCUACUCUGAGUUGA